CCCGGGCCGCCCGCUCCACCUAUAAAGUCAGCCCGCGGUGUCCGCGCUCUAACGCGCUUUCUGCCAGGUGCUGUGUCGUAUUGUGCCCUCUGCUUUGGACUUUGUCCGCGCCUCGACUUAACUCGGAAUGGAUCCCAACUGCUCCUGCUCCACCGGUGGCUCCUGCACGUGUGCCGGUUCCUGCAAAUGCAAGGAGUGCAAGUGCACCUCCUGCAAGAAGAGCUGCUGCUCCUGCUGCCCCGCGGGCUGUGCCAAGUGUGCCCAGGGCUGUGUCUGCAAGGAGGCAUCGGACAAGUGCAGCUGCUGUGCGUGACGCGGGGGAGGCCUGUUCCCCGUGUAAAUAGAGCCACGUGAACAAACCUCCAGUUUUUUACUUUUCCUUGCUACCCUGACCCAGUUGCUACAUUUCUGUUUUUUUGAAAUCUUUGAACGACAAUAAAUUCAUGGACUCCUCUGUCUCCAAGA